AUGCUGUCUUCCAAAUCACUCUAUACAGCCAGACAGGCGCUAAGACGCUGUGUACUCCAGUCCCAGGGACACCUGCAGAGAGGCCUUUCUACCUCAUCUGCCCUCUCAAAAGGUACGGCCGGACAUGGGCCAAAGGCACUUCUACUAGACAAGCAGCAGGGCCUGGGAUUUGCAAAGUCGAAUGCCCUCCCUCCAAAGCCAAGGAAGAGAGGAGUAACGGAGAUUCGAGGGCCUUAUUAUGCGGUAUGGUCCCCGGUUGAGAUAUUGACCUUCUGGAUACUCGCUAACUUUCGGUCUAGGAUGGGCGACUAUGUCGACGGACUCAAGUUCUCCGGAGUAAAACAGCAUUUGAUUAACUGGAUAAAACAGGGAGGAUGGGCAGAACAUCUUCUAACUCAUCCAGAUAAUACCACCGUUUUGGAUAGAUUCGACGUUGUUGAAUUGUCUGCGGGUUUUCUAUCAAUCCCGGAAGAUGACUGGCUACGACUCAUCGAAAAAGUGCAAUCAUAUGGUCUGAAACCAAAGCCAGAGCUGGGAAUCCAGUUUGGUGCCGGAGGAGGCACUGAGCUUGAGGCUAUUGGCACAAGUGACCCAGGGAAGCUGAUCAACCUGGGUAAAAAAUUCCUUGAUGCCGGAGUUGAGCGUCUCAUGAUUGAAAGCCAUAACUGA